AUGAGCUGGUACUUUCUCGGUCCUUUAGAUGGCAGUAAUGAAGCUCAAGCAGCAUGAGUCGAGUGAAGAAGAGCUGGAAGGCGGUACUGAUGUGACACGCAUGGAAAAGAAAAGUUGAAGAAGCGGAUGAAAAAGAAAGCACUCUGAUGAACUGGAUUAAUUGCCUCUGAAAGACAAUGAGUCUGGUGCUGCAUGAUCUGCUGGUGUGCUGCCGAGGACUUGAAAAUGAGAAAGCCACAGAGAGAAAGAAAGAGGCGGAUCGCUUUAGGAGGCUCAUCCGUUCACGGGACACGGUGGAGGAACUUGAUCGAACGUCAGGAUGCAAAGGCUCCAAGCAGCUCACCUGGGAUGCUGUUUUCCGGUUUUUACAGAAGUUUCUUCAAAAAGAGACAGAACUUCUGCAGUCAGGAAAAGCCAACGUUUCCGCCACCACGCAGGCAAACCGACAGAAAAAGAUGCAGGAAAUUAGCAGCCUGAUGAAGUAUUUCAUCAGAUGCGCCAACCAGCGCGGUCCAAAGUUAAAGUGUGCAGAGCUGAUUUCUCAUGUGGUGGAGGUCUUACAGAGUCCGUUCAGCUGUGCAGCGUACGGCGAGGACUACAGCAGUAUUCUGCUAAAGAACAUCCUGUCUGUCCGUAAAUACUGGUGUGAGAUGAGCCAGCAGCAGUGGCACAGUCUGUUGGAUUUGUACUGUGGGUUGUUCAGUAAGGGGUCCAAGUCAGGGACCAAUAGAGUCCAAGUGAGUCGCAUCAUCUACACGGUUGUUUGGGGCUGUUGUGUCCAAACAGAGGGAUUAUCCCACACUCUCUUUAACUUCUUCCUGAUGGCUCUGAAAAGGCCGGAUGGACAGCUAAUGAUUCUGGAGAACCUGGUGUCUGCUGUGAACGUUUUUCUGCGCUCAGUGCUUCUGUCCAGCAGAAAGAGGGUGUGUGGUCUGGGUGAGGAGGUUCUGUCGUCCAUGCUGCGUGUUUAUACUGAGAUGAGACCCAGCUUGGUGCUGAAAGAGGAGCUAGUGAAGUUUUUCCACCUCCAGCUUUGUGUUCAUCACCCCAGAGGGGCAAAGACUCUUGAGACAGGUGCUUAUGCAGAAGACUGGGUCAGAUGGCAGGGUCAGCUCUGCACCCUCUAUGAUGCUCUUGUCAGUGAGAUCAGUCAGAUUGGCAGCAGAGGGAAAUAUGCCACCGGCUCUCGUCACAUAGCUGUGAAAGAAAAUCUCAUUGAACUGACAGCUGAUGUCUGCCACCAGUUGUUCAAUCAAAGCACUCCUGUUUCGGAAGUGACUACAUCUCUCUGUCGGGAUACUCAGCGGGACAGUCUGCAGAGCUGCAAACGCAGACGAAUUGAGCCAUCACUGAUAAAUUGGGAGGUGAUACGUUCCAAACUGCAGCCCCACCACAGCGACUUUGACAUGAUUCCCUGGUUACAGGUCACAGCUGCUCUGAUAUCCAAAUACCCAUCUACCCUGUCUGCUGAUGAUCUUGUGCCUCUGCUGGGGCUGCUCUGCCAGCUUCAGGGUGAACAGCAGCGUCGGGGCGAGAGGGGACCGUACGUCCUGCGCUGUCUGAGGGAGGUGGCGCUCUGCCAUGCCAAGAGCUCAGCAAACUGCUCUGAGGUGGGCCGUCUGUGGGGCAGAGUUUGGGCUCUGGCUCUGCGUGGAGUCGGCUCAGCCCAGAUCGGGAGCUUGUGUCUGGAGCUGUUGCGUAUCAUGGUGCAAGAAUCUCUGGUGCCUGUCGAUAGAGAGUUCUGGAAAGUCUUCUCUGGUGCUGUUUGCAAGCCCUCUCUCGUUGGUGCCCUCUGCUUGGCCCAGGCCUUGUUGAAGUGCUCCAUCCCUAAAAGUGUUCACAAUCAAGACGUCACCAGUGGAGUGCUGAUGGAGACGGGUGGAGAGCCGCCCACUCUGACAGACUCAAUCAUCAGCUGGCUGGUCAUGAACGAACAGAAUGAGGAGACGGAGGAGAACAGCAGACCUCACCUCAUUAUCACCAGGGAUUUUCCAAUGAACCUCAUUCCUAGAAUUCUGGUCUCUUUGACACUGAAAGAUAGCAGAGCAGGACUGAUGUUUCUGAUGGGCAGCCUGAAGCCAGAGAGUUUCUGUCCACAGAGUUCCUUCUUCACUGAGGGGAAAGACAGUUUGGGGGAGAUUGAGAGUCUCUUCCUUCAGUUCAGUUUUGAUGACACGCACUCCAAUACUGGUGCUACGAUUGACAAAGACAUUGUUUACUCCGAGAAACCACAGUUCACUGUUAUUCAAGCUCUCAGAAGCAAAUUGGAGCACAGUCUCCUGUCUGUUGCUGAGCAGCUGUUUAACUGCUACUCUCCUGAUAGUUCAAACACUCCCCACGUGUGUGUGUUGCACUGUGUUUCGCUGCUCACUGGCGUUCUGGCUGCUUAUGUGUGUACCGGGCUCCUCACAGAAGAGCAGGCCUGUCACUCUCCCCUCUUCCUAAAAGCCAAGGCAUUGGUUCAUGAAUUUAGUCACUAUAUAUCAACGGCCAAGAGCAAACUAAAUGAGAAUGAUACCAUCAAAGCAAUUCAGUCAGUGAUGCUGUUGUGCGCUGAGAGUAUUAGCAGAAGAGAACAGGAGGACGAAAUUUCCACCACUUCUCGCAAUUUAUUCAUGAAAACUUUGCCUGUGAGGUUGCUAAAUGACCUGUGUGACAUAUCUAAACAACUGUUAAGCAACUCAAGUAAAAAGGACAACACAGUCAUGGAGAAUGACCCAAUGGAUGAAGAUAUGGAUAUGAGCAGAACCCAAAUGGACACUCAGGAGGAGAUUGAUCUCUUUGAAGAUGGAGAUGGGACACACCACAGCACUUUCAGACCUCACCAGUCUAAUGAAGAAGCUGCUGAUUCAAAGUACACAACAGGGACCAAGAGUGCAUUAUCUGAGGAACAUUUAUCCAGACAAGACUUGGCCUUCCUGUCUGUGCUUGGUUUCCUGUCCCUAUGUGCAUCUUCAGAACUCAACGGUGGAUUCUCCUUCAAACCUCUGGACACCCAACGCAAAUUGCUCAAACUGUUGGACCUCAUAGACUUCUCUCAGAUGCUUCACCUCCACAUGUAUCUUUCAUUGCUGAAGAAACUCCCAGCAGAAAUCACAUCUCUGGAUCCUGAAGAAUUCGAUACUCUUCUAAGGCCUCUGGCAGAUGUUUGUUCUCUAUAUCGGCAAGACCAGGAGGUGUGUGCUGCCAUCCUGUGCUCUCUUCUGCCGUCCAUCCGCUGUCUGGGCCGCACUCCUUCUGUGAGCGAGCAGGAAGAUGAGAUGGCACAUAUCAAAGGAGCUCUGCUCAAAGUCAUAUCAGGAUUCUGCAUCUUGGGUAAAUCUGGCAAAUGUACUUCAGCGGUGAGAGUGGCACUAAGGCAGUGUUUACUGGCUUUGCUGGAGGUGGACCCAUGCUGUAAGUGGGCGGAGCUAACACUGCGGGAGGAGGAGCUACCGGUGUCUGUGGUUCUCUCCUCUCAUUUAGCAGAUGCCAAUCACCAUGUGUGUAUGUUGGCAGCACUGUCCGUGGAGAGCUUGUUCCUUAAAAAAGGACCGGAUGGCAGUGGCACGAUGAUGCUUCCGCUAAAGAACCAGCAGAUGGCCUUUGAGAAUAUUUACCUCAAGGCUCAGGAACGAAUGAGGGUGCAGAAAAACUGUCCUUCGGAAGACCUGCCUGACGAGACCUUUAAUCGACGGGCAGUCUUGCUGAAAAGUGUCUCGAUGGUGAUGUCCUGCAGUCCUGUGUGUGAGAAGCAAGCCCUGUUUGCACUCGUUCAGUCCUACAAGGAGAACAGCAUUGAUGAGCAACUAAUCAAAAAGGUGCUGAGAGGUGUUUCCCGGUCACUUGGGUACAGGGACUCUAAGAGUUUAAUUAAUGCACACCUGUAUUAUCUAGUGGCCGAGUGGCUGAACCAAAAACAGUCCGAUGCAAGUUACACACUACAGUCCUUCCCCUACAUAUUACUGGACUACUGCAGUCUGGAAGAGUUUUACAGGUCAUCCUACCAUGUGCUGAUCCCACACCUGGUCUUCCUGAAUGAUUUUGAGGAGGUGAAAUCCAUCGGUGCUCACUUGGAUAAGGACUGGAAGCAGCUGCUGGCUAAUUGCUUUCCCAAGAUCAUGGUUAACAUCCUGCCCCACUUUGCCCUCGCUGGGCAAGACACCCAUGUGGCACAGCAGAGAGAGAAAGCUCACAGGGUGUAUGAUUUACUGAAAAACAGCAACUGCCUGGGAAAACAGCAAAUUGACAGUUUGAUUUGCAACAACCUGGCUGACAUUGUGGUGGAGCUGUUAAUGACACUGCAUGAGACAGAAGGGGCGGCAGCGGGUGGAGGAGACCUACAGAAAUUUAUUGGAGAGUUGGAUCCUGCUCCAAACCCACCGUUCUUCAGCUCAUAUGUGAUCAAAGCCACGCUGGACUACCUGAGCAAAUGCCACAGCGCCAGUCACAAGUCUCUGGUGGCCAUCCUGUCCAAGACUCCUAUGUCCAUUCAGAAGAUUCUCAUAGCAAUCUGUCAGAAGGCUGCUGAGACCACCAACGGCUACGAGAGGCACCGCAUACUGAUGAUGUACCACCUGUUCGUCAGCCUGCUGCUCAGAGAGGUGAAGGACGGGCUGGGCGGAGCCUGGGCGUUUGUGCUGCGUGACAUCAUCUAUACACUCAUUCACCACAUCAACAGCAGGUCAUGUCAGCAGGAUGAGGUGUCCACUCGGAGUCUGUCCCUGUGCUGUGACUUGUUGUCGCUGGUCUGUCAGACAGCUGUUCAGUACUGUGAUGAUGCUCUAGAGAGCCACCUGCAGGUUAUUGUUGGUACUCUCACAGCACAGGUCACUGAUCAGUCUGCCAUAUCUCAGCAGGUCCUCAGUCUCCUAAGGUUCCUGGUAAUUGAAAACCCGGAGAACAGCAUGUUGAGAAAUUCCAUACCCCUUCUGGAGCCUUUUCCUGACCGAGCACACUUUAGAGAUCUGAGAGCCGCCCAACACGCUCUCAAAUACAGCUCAGGAGCCUUCACUCUCAGACAGGAAAUUGAGCAUUUUCUGUCUGUAACAUCCUGUGAUUCUUUGCCCCUGGCUCGUUUGGAGGGGUUGAAAGAUCUAAAAAGGCAACUUCAAAGCCAUAAACAGCAGAUAGGACAACUCUUGAAAGAAUGCCAUGCUGAUCCUGCCAGCUGUAUUUUGGUUAAGUUGGUUCUUAACCUUCUUCAGCUUUGCAAAAUCGCAGCUAACCAUCCUGGUGGAGGAGACAUCUUGAAGGCUGCUGGCCGGUGCCUAGGAGAACUUGGUCCAGUUGACUUAUCAUCCAUAGCCUUGCACCAUGGGAAAGACCAGCUGUAUACUAGAGCAGCCGAUUUGUCCCCUGACGUUCCUUUUCAGUGGAUCUUCAUCAUCCUGAACUGCAUGGACAAUGCACUCACACAUCACAGUAUUGCUGUGCGUCAGGCUGCUGGCAUAUGUCUGAAGGACAUAUUGGCCACUCAGUGUGGGAUUGAAUUUGGCGAAAUGUAUAAAAGCAAAAGGGACCCUUUGCUGGCAUACCUAAACCCCUUUCGCUCUGCCAAGAAACGGGAGAUCAUCGUGAGUAUGGAAGUGACUUCAGAGUCAAGACAUAGGCUGGACAAUUCUGAACUCUGGUUAGUGCAACCUGGUGGAAACAAGGACUGGUUAAAGAACCUGUCUAUGGCUCUGUUAGACAGUGGAGGUGUCCGCAAUGAGGCUCUGCUUCUCACCAGACCUUUAUGUGAGGUAAAAACAGAUUUCUGUCAGAGAAUGCUGCCACUCUUUGUUCAUGAUAUUCUUCUGGGAGAUGUGGAUGGUUCCUGGAGGCAGCUGUUAUCCACACACAUCCAGAGUUUCUUCAGUCAGUGCCGCAGACCCUCCACACCCACCAGCCGCCCCACCACCCCCAUGCUCUCUGAUUCAGGGAACAGUAUUGAUGUUGGUAACCAGAGCCACGUAGACAAAACCUCAAUCCGCAGCAUGCUGGCAGUCAUAGACUAUCUCAGGCAACAGAGCCGCCCAGUGGCACCUGGAAGUAAUGAAUAUGGGACGGUGUGUGAAUCAAAUUUUUGGCUGGAUCUAAAUUAUCUGGAGGUGGCUGGAGCCGCUCAGAUGUGUUCUGCCCAUUUCACUGCUCUCCUGUACUCUGAGAUCUACAUGGACAAGAUCAGAUCCAACAUGGAGCAGAUCCGAAGGUCACAGUCUCGAGUGUCGAGACGGAUCACGUUUGAGGAAUGCAGCCAGACACUGUCCGUCAGCAGUGUGAAUGAAAAGAGUUUAGAGGACUCUGGCAUCAGUCUCCAGGAUCUUCUGAUUGAAGUGUACAGAUGCAUUGGAGAACCUGACAGCCUGUAUGGAUGUGGAGGAGGCAAGUUAAUCAGUCCUCUGACUAGAAUUCGAACAUAUGAACAUGAGGCCAUGUGGGACAAGGCUUUGGUUUCAUACGACCUCCACUCCAACCUCCCAGAGGUCACACGGCAGACCGGCAUAGUAGAGGGUCUGCAGAACUUUGGUUUGUGUAGUAUUCUAAACACGUAUCUUCAUGGGCUUGAGAAAGAAGGGGUGGAGUGGGGUCCUGAACUUCGAGAGCUACGCUUUCAGGCCGCGUGGAGAAACACACAGUGGGACUGUGACCUGCCUGAGAGAAAUGAGAAGCUGAAGCCUGGCAUCAAUGAGUCCUUGUUCAAUGCCGUCCAAGCUUUGAGAGAUAGAGAAUUCUCCCUAUUUGAGCAAACCCUCAACUACGCCAGAGGUCAUGAGGUCGAGGAGUUGUGUCGUGGCAGUCUGGAGGCCGUGUCUUCACUCUAUCCUGCUCUCUGUAACCUGCAGAGAAUUAGUGAACUCCAGAGUGUCGAGGAGCUUUUCUCCAGGUCUGUAACUGACUCCAGCCUUAAUGAAGUGUACAGGAAGUGGCAACAGCACUCAGAUCUCUUAACUGACAGUGAUUUCAGCCUGGUCGAGCCCGUCUUAGCCCUGCGCUCCUCCCUACAGGAAACACUGAUUUCCUCAGAGACAGAUCCAGACCGGAAGAACUACCUGAUUUCUGCCUAUUCCUCCCACCUGAUGGAGCUGUGCAAGCUGGCUCGUUCUGCAGGCAACACGCAGCUGGCAGAGCGUGCAGUUUUCCACAUGAAGAGGCACAGCCUGGUAGGUGCUGGUGGUGGCGGCAGCAGCUCGUGGGCCUGGCAGCUGGAGGAGGCGCAGGUGUUCUGGGUAAAGAAAGAGCACGGGCUGGCUCUGGGGCUGCUCAAACAGAUGAUCCAUGAACUAGAGGAUCUGGUGUGUGUGAACCCUGCUGUGGUGCCGGUGUAUUCGGAGUGCUUGAGACUGUGUGGAAGCUGGCUGGCUGAAUCCUGUCUGGAGAGCCCUGCUGUCAUACUGGAGAAAUAUCUGGAGAGGGCUGUGGAGGUCAUUGAAGACCACUGUGGUGAUUCAAACGCUAAACUUCAGAGCCAGAAGACCCAGGCUUUCUUUUCGCUUGCCCGUUUCUCUGAUGCACAGUAUCAGAGCAUCGAAAACUACAUGAAGUCAUCGGAGUUUGAGAACAAGCACGCUCUUCUGGAAAAGGCCAAAGAGGAAGUAGACCUGAUGCGGGAGAGGAAGGUCAUCAACAACAGAUACACAGUGAAAGUUCAGAGGGAACUAGAGCUGGAUGUCAAAGCACUGGCUAACCUGCAGGCCGACCGCAACCGCUUCCUCCUCAAAGCUGUGGAGAACUACAUUCAGUGCCUAGAACUGGGAGAGGAACAUGACACCUGGGUCUUCAGACUGGCCUCCCUCUGGUUGGAGAAUGCGGAUGUCAAAGCUGUAAAUGAUAUGAUGAAGCGUGGUGUAAAGAAAAUCCCGUCAUAUAAGUUCCUGCCCCUGAUGUAUCAGUUAGCCGCUCGAAUGGGCACCAAAGUGUCCAGCUCCGUGACCUCACAGGACGUGGGAUUCUAUACCGUUCUAAAUGAGCUGAUCUGUCAGUCAUCUCUUGACCACCCCCACCACACUCUCUUCAUCAUCUUGGCACUGGUCAACGCCAACAAGGAUGAGAGUUUCUCUCGCAGUCGUUCGUCCAAGAGCACUGCUCGCCAACCUUCACCUCUGGACCUGGAACGGGCUAAUGUCGCUCGUAAGAUUAUUGACGUGGUUCGUAAAAAGAGAGCCAAGAUGGUUAAAGACAUUGAGAUGCUUUGCAAUGCCUACAUCACUUUGGCAUACAUGGACGCCAGUCGCCAUAAAACUGAAAAGAAAGCCAUACCUAUUCCACCUGAACAACCCAUUAUGCAAAUCAAAGACCUUGAUGAUGUCAUCAUUCCCACCAUGGACAUCAAGGUGGAUCCAUCAGGCAGAUAUGAAGACCUUGUGACUAUCAGGUCAUUCAAACCUCACUUUCACUUGGCUGGAGGCGUCAACCUACCCAAGAUAAUCGACUGUGUGGGUUCAGACGGCAAGAGCAGGAGACAGCUAGUCAAGGGUCAGGAUGAUCUGAGGCAGGACGCAGUCAUGCAGCAGGUCUUUCACAUGUGCUCCACCCUCCUGCAGCGCAACGCAGAAACUCGCAAAAGGAAACUCAACAUCCGCCGUUACAAAGUGGUGCCGUUUUCCCAGCGCAGUGGUGUUUUGGAGUGGUGUUCUGGCACUGUGCCCAUUGGAGAGUUCCUGGUCGACCCACAGAAGGGGGCGCACAAACGCUUCUGCCCACAGGACUGGCCCAACAUGUCCUGUCGCAAGAAAAUGAUGGAGGCUCAACGGCUGGAAUUUGAUGAUAAACUGCAGGCUUUCACUGAGGUGUGUCAGAACUUCCGGCCAGUAUUCCGAUACUUCUGCAUGGAGAGCUUUCUGGACCCUGCAGUGUGGCUGGAGAGACGGCUAGCGUACACCCGCAGUGUGGCCACCUCUUCUAUCGUUGGUUACAUCGUUGGUCUGGGCGAUCGGCACAUUCAGAACAUUCUUAUUGAUGAACAGACUGCAGAACUGGUCCACAUAGACCUGGGUGUUGCGUUUGAGCAGGGUAAAAUCUUACCCACCCCUGAGACGGUUCCCUUCAGGCUGUCUCGAGACAUUGUGGAUGGGAUGGGCAUCACAGGGGUGGAGGGCGUCUUCAGGAGAUGUUGUGAGAAGACAAUGGAAGUUAUGAGGAGUUCUCAGGAAGCUCUGUUGACCAUUGUUGAGGUGUUGCUGUACGACCCUCUGUUUGAUUGGACCAUGAACCCUCUGAAGGCCUUCUACCUGCAGCAGCACGAUGAGCAUGCAGAGCUCCACGCCACACUCAACCCCACGCCAGGAGGAGACGAGAUCGACGCCCACCGCAAGGCCAGUGACAGUCAGAGCUUUAAUAAAGUGGCGGAGCGCGUGUUACUCAGACUGCAGGAGAAGCUGAAGGGUGUUGAGGAGGGGACGGUGCUCAGCGUGGGCGGCCAGGUAAACCUCCUCAUUCAGCAGGCAAUGGACCCCAAAAACCUCAGCCGCCUCUUCCCCGGCUGGCAGGCCUGGGUCUGAUACAUCAUGGUUACCACUUGAUAGAACGAUCACACACCAAAGAAAAUAAAUGCAAUCUGACAAUAGAAAUGUAACAAAUAGCAAAUAAAGUGGAAAUAUCUUAUGACUUAGUCGCAUGUGCUGGUUAACAUUGAAAUUCUGAAUGUAUAUCUUUAAUGCUUGUUGCACUAUUAGCUUGUAUAUAAUUGAAUUAAAUAAAUAUAUUUAGUACUUAGCAAUGAUCGCUAUAUCUUAAUACUUUUGGUGAACACCUGAACAGUCUUUCAAAUUUUUUUUUUUAAACCAUAAGCUUUGAAUUGUAUGUAUUAAAAAGAAAGAGGAAAUGAAAAUAAAAAAUCAUAUACAGAAGUGAUCAUUAUUUGGUUCAUUUUGUAGGGUGUACUUUAUGUACAGUACAGAUAUUGCUCGUACUGUAAAUCGUUGUUGUUUUCAUGCCAUAUUUGAUGCACAAUAAAUCACGGUAUAAACCGUUUAAUUCU